AUGCUCCCCAAAGGAGGAGGAGCAGAGGCCCAGGGCUGGCAUCUGGACAUGCAGCUGAUGGGCAAGGUGGUGCUGUCUGCCGCUGCCCUGCUCCUGGUGACCGCAGCCUACAGGCUGUACAAGUCAAGGACUGCCCAGGCCCCACUGGGGGGUGGGAACGCCAAGGCUGAGGCCAAGGAGGACACAGAGGGCUCCAGGCAGCCUGCCAUCCAGGAGGCUGUUUCCGGGGCACCACAGUGGGGCCUGAGACGCCGGAGAGGAAGCAAGGGGGCCGGAGUAUCGCUGGGCUGCAGCUGGGGGAAUCCGGAGGGUUCCGGAGUCCUGGCAACAGGAGCGUCUCCUGCAGACUCAGAAGCCCGAGAGACUGGGAAACCCGAGAGGAAACGUGCUGGUGAGGAGCAGGGUGGGCAGUGCCCGGACUCUGGCCUGGCAACUCCUCGGUGCAGUGGCCGGGAAGCCGGAACAGCUGCUGGCGGUAAGCCCGAGCUGCCCCGUCACCCCCAUUGGUGCAGUGAACCCCAAAGCUCCCUAACUGGCCUCGCUGCAGCAGACGGCAGCGGUGUGAGUGGUGAGCUCGCUCCAUGGCGGGACAGCAGAUCCCGGGAGCAGCUGGGGGCCGGGGAGCAGGAAUCCCCUGACCGGUGCUGGGCGGCCCACACAGAAGGCAAGAGUGACAUGAACAAGAGCUGGGUCUUUACCCGUGUGACAGGGGUCCACAGGGAAGAGGCUGGGGCCCUCCGGGCUGCCUCGGAAAUGGGCCUGGCCCUGCGUCAGCAGGUGGGAGCCGCCGAUGCCUCCUAUACCUUCUUGUCUGUGGCCCGGGUUCGAGUGGAGGAGAAUUUCAUACCAGAGAAGAUGGAGGGGAUCAGGCCCAGGCUGAAGGGCAAGGUGUACGAUUACUGUGUUGAAUCCACCUCUCAGGCCACCUCCAGGGGCAGGCUGGCCCCCAGAACAGCAGCCCUGGCUGAGGCUCCGCCCCCUGUGUCAGUGCCAGGCCCCCUGGGAAUGGGGCCAGCCUCGGGAGGCCAGGCCGAUGACAGAGUAGGUGGAGUGGAGACAGCCGCCUCCCCCCAGCCUGUGCUGUCACCCUCCACACAAGGCUUCAGCAGGAAGGAGAGCCUCCUUCAGAUCGUGGAGAACCCGGAGCUUCAGCUGCAGCUCGAUGGCUUUGGGGACCCUGCUCCAUCGUGCCCAGACCAGAGCGCCCUGCCCACCAGCCCCAUAUCCCGGGGUUCUCUUGGGUCCAGCUCAGCUGGAAGCAGCGGGAAGCCCCACCUGCACUUCGUGGCUGGGGCCAAUUUCUUUCACCUCCCUCUCACCCCCGGAUCAGCCCCAGAUGUCCACCUGGAUCUGGGCAAUUGUUAUGAGGUGCUGGCCUUUGCCAAGAAGCAGAGCCUGGAGACCCUGAAGGAAGCCGCCUACAAGGUGAUGAGUGACAACUACCUCCAGGUCCUGCGCAGCCCGGACAUCUACGGGUGCCUGAGUGGGGCAGAGCGGGAGCUGAUCCUCCAGAGACGGCUCCGGGGCCGCAAGCACCUGGUGGUGGCGGACAUGUGCCCCCAGGAAGACUCCAGCCGCCUCUGCUGCUAUGACGACGAGCGGGAUGUCUGGCACCCGCUGGCCCGUCUGCCCCCUGAGGCUGUGUCCCGGGGCUGUGCCGUCUGUAGCCUCUUCAAUUAUCUCUUCAUCGUGUCCGGUUGCCAGGGGUUUGGGCACCAGCCCUCCAACCGCGUCUUCUGCUACAACCCGCUGACGGGCAUCUGGAGUGAGGUGUGCCCUCUGAACCAGGCCCGCCCUCACUGCCGGCUGGUGGCCCUGGAUGGACACCUGUACGCCAUCGGGGGUGAGUGUCUGAACACGGUGGAAUGCUACAACCCUCGCCUGGACCGCUGGACCUUUUGCCCGCCGCUCCCCAAUGACACCUUUGCCCUGGCGCACACAGCCACGGCGUGUGCCGGAGAGAUCUUCGUCACCGGCGGCUCCCUGCGCUACCUGUUGCUCCGAUUCUCGGCCCAGGAGCAGCGCUGGCGGGCUGGCCCCACUGGGGGCGGCAAGGACCGCACAGCCGAGAUGGUGGCGGUCAAAGGCUUUCUCUAUCGCUUUGACCUCAACCGCAGCCUGGGCAUCAGCGUGUACCGCUGCAGCGCCAGCGCCCGCCUGUGGUACGAGUGUGCCACAUAUCGGACCCCUUACCCGGACACCUUCCAGUGUGCCGUGGUGGACGACCUCAUCUACUGUGUGGGGCGCCAGCGCACCCUCCGCUUCCUGGCCGACUACGUCUCACCCAGGUUUGUGCCCGAGGAGCUACAGAGCUUCCCCUCCCCUCAGGGCACCCUCCUGCCCACCGUCCUGACCUUGCCCGGCCCUGAUGUGCCCCAGACCAGGGUCUAAUGGCCCCUCUGCUGGGCCCCUUCUGCAAAACUAGAGGCAAAAAAAACCCCUACCCAUCACUCCAUGGGCCAUUUCUGGGAGAUCAGGUGGCCUGGGAAUCUGGCCAGCAAGAGGUGAAUUCCAGUCCUGUCUCCGCCACUGGCUGGACUUCUUAGCUGCAUCUUUGCCCCCAUUGGGCUGCAGAAGCCCAGUGUGGAAAUGGAACUCGGGGCUGGUGCUCUGAGGCCCAGGAUGCCCACGUCCGCAGGGAUGACCAUCACCUUGCUUGAGCUCUGAAUGGGGGGCGGGUACCAGGACCCCAGCAAAGUUCAAGGGCACAGCCUUUUCACAGUCCUGGUUCCAGGGGCCAGUUGACCCCCAGUGACCCCUCAAGCUGACCCUGCUGGAUCUGGGCUAGACCUCCAUAAGCCGCCAGGACCUCUUCCUAAACAUUGGCCACUGAGCCCCAACCUCCAAGAUUCCCAGAAGCACCUGGGACACACAGGUGGGGAAAAUGAAGGGAGGCGGCUCCAGCAGGACCAGGAAGGAGCCCAGGAGAGCCCCAAGGGGCCCGGCCAGAGGGAGAGAUGGUUGGAAAAGCAGAACAGCUGAAGUUGGAAGAGCCCACGGGAACUCUUGUCUGCAGAAUAAAUUGACCAAAGCCCACUUUAAUUUUUCUCAUUACCUGGAAUUCUAGUGUACUGGAAGGAGGAGAAACCUCCAUUUUCAGCAUCCAUUUGUAAAGGCACAUCUUCUUGCAGGGUUUACUGAGAAUACAAUUGAUUCUGAAUACGAGGUCUCAGGAGAGCGAGGAAAAAAUGUGAUCCAAGGGCCACCGUCUGCUGGGCCCACUGUUACAUGACCACUGCACUCUCUCCCCAGAUCGCAGCACCCUUCACAAUACAGCUCCCCAUGCAACCCAGCCCUCACCUUGGAGCUGGGGGGACAGCCGCCACCAGUCAGCCCUUCCAGGUGGUGAGAGGUGAUGGCAUCCUUUGCCCUCCCUGUGCCUUGCGGUCACCUGGUCUGCCUCAUCAGACAGGAGAGGACCAGGGAGGCGCAGGUCCAUGAUGGAACUGGGGAACUAGAAGGUUCUAGUAGUGCAUUGGGAGACUGGGAUCUCCUUUCACAUCAGGUUUGGUAAAUUCUCAAAGGGAAGAAACUCUCCAACCUCAGGAAGUUACCUUUCUUCCCGGAGGGAGGGGAGAGAGACUGGUCCAAUCUAUUACUGCAGCCCUGUUCCAUCUCCAAGGGAGACACAUAUACAGAAAGGAGAGCAGCAAUGCUCUUGGUCCCAGCCAGAAGCCAGGAAGCUGGGACUACUUCUAAAGUGACAAGCUGCAUGAGGAAAGAAGCAGAGAAGGGAGGUGCACCAGGGCAGGUCCCACAGGUGGGAUGGUACGAGUGUGCCACAUAUCGGACCCCUUACCGCUCAGACUUCAGCAUCCUUAUCUUAAAAAUGGGAAGGACCAUCCCUGGGGGAUAAACGUGAGCACCUGGAGAAAGUUCUUCCCAGUUCCACGGGGUCCUGGCAGGAGCUUGUGUUCACUGCAGCUGUUGGGGAUGAUCUGGGGUGGGGGAUCUUUUUGGAAGAUGCAGGAUUGGAACAAAGAAUGAGAGGAGGUUGGUACAGAGACGAAGCCUUUUCUUGGACCGCACAAGGCCACCUUCCCUAUUCUAGGGCCUGGGAGGCGAAGCUGCUUAGUUUGUUUCUAAGUUGGAGGCUGGGGAAGGAAAGAUUGCAGGGACUAUGGCUGGAGCCUGCGGAGGGAGACCUCCUCCCCAAACCCCUCCACCACAAAGGCCAUGCUCAAGCUCAGAGUCAACACUCAGGCAUGAACCUCCAAGGGACCCAGGGGAAUUGGAGAUGUGAUGCCAGGCAGGGAGAAGGGUUUGCUCAGAAGGAGAACCCCAUCUGGGAGCUGGGGCAGGUAGAGCCAGAUCCAGCCCCAGGGGCAGGUCUCCGGUAAGGAGGCAGGCAGAGCACAAGGCCUCAGCCAAGCUGGGUAGGGUGUGGGGAAGGGCUCCAAGCCAAGGUUGAGCUAGGGAUCACUCUGGAAAACUUCCAGAAGCCCAUUGCGUACAUAUGGCAGGGACUAGGGAAAUGGAUCAAGGGAUAAGGCAGCAGAGCUUGUUCUAGAUGGUGGAUGUGGUCUUCAUGAUGAGAGGGAGAGCUGAGACUUGAGCCUGGAUUCAGGUACGCCACACAUCUCGUCUGCCUCCUAUGGUCCCAUGGCAGACAUCACUAACCAAUCACCAUGUCUUUUCUUGUUGAGCUCUUUCAAUGGCCUCAGAACUCUUUCAACAUGGAGCCCCAGGCAGUCAUUACUGAUAGAUUAGAGCUGUGCAUUUCUUAUUCCUGGCCUGGGUCUCCAGAGCUGGGUUUAGGGAUGAGAGUGGUCAGGGCUGUCGUGUUAGGGCAAGGUUCAGGGGGCCUGCAAAAACCACCUGGGGCCAUGAUGGUCAGGGUUCAUUUACAGACUGUUUAAGCCAGGCACUGUUCCGGGUGUUGGAGAUACAACACAUCCCUGCCCUAAUAGACCUCACAUUCUAGCUGUAGAAAACAGGCAAUUUUAGAAAACAAAUACAUAAACAAACAAAUAGAACCCAUGCUGCAUACAGGCCAUAGAGAAAGAGAAGGCAGGCAAGUGGGAUCGUGCAAUCAGGCUCCCUGAUAAGAAGAAGCUGGGCAGAGCCCUGAGUGGAAAUCUGGAAGAUGCAGAGACCAAGGCUGGCUCAAGGCCUGGGAGGGCUGGCUCUGCCGUCUGAAUGACUUUGCCACGCCAGCAGGGGAGGGCAGGAGGGCCUCCCAGGCACUCCAUCCUGUUGUGUGAAGAGGGCAGGAGCCCAGCUGUUUGCUUUAGCCUUUCCUGUAAGGGACAGAAUCUCAUUACACCAACAUUUAUGAAAGACGGUCUUUGGAUAGAGGUAAGCUACAUUCCCAAGAGAGAAGUAGAGUUUGCACCUUUAAGGGUGUGAGUCAAAAUAACACACAGACGCCACACCUGAAUGUUUGGCUGGGUGUCAGUGAGCCCAUAUGACUCCAUGAAAUCAGAGUCUAGGAUUUCCACUUGACCUUUUUAAUAGCCUUGGCUGUUGCCCUCUAGCCCUCAGCCUCAGAGUGACUUGUGUGUCACUGGGCUUCUCCAUGGGUCAUCUGUUCCUGCUUUCCCAGUAAGAGUUCUUUCUUCUUUAGGAAACAGACAAACAAACUUAAGUUUGUGUUGCUUUGCACGUUAGGCCAACCAUGCCAUUAUCGAACAAAAGUUGGAAAAUAGAGAAAGGUAUAAAAAAUAUCCCCAGUUUCGCCACCCAAAGACAGAACCCCCCCACCCACCCACCGCUGUGGUGUAGGUCCCUCCGGUCUGCUUUUCUUGUGCAUGAUUUUUGUUUGGCUUGAUUUUUGCCUAGAUGUGAUUGUGCUGAAUAUACAAUUCAGUUGCUUCCCUUUGUUACUUAGCUUUAUAGAAUAAGCAUUUUCCCGUGUUAUUACAAACCCUCGGUAAACAUCAUUUCAAUAGUUGCACAAUAUUCCAUCCAGUGGACCUGCCAUGGUUUAUUUAAACAUUCCCCCCUCCUUCAGGCCUAUAGACGUUUUUUUUUUUCUGUUGGUUUCUUUUUCUAUCAUAAAUAAAACGUCUUUUGUUUUCGCGUUCCUCUCUGUCUGAGGCUUCCAUCAAUGUUUACAAGAGAAGCUCAGCCUCAGUUCUGUCUGGAAGAGCCAGGUUUUUGAAACAACCAUAGAAACCACAGCAGUUGCCUGGGGCUGAGACCUGGGCCCUGCUUUUACUGUAGGGCACAGAGCUUCCCUUGGACAUGACCAGCAAGAAAGGCAAGGCUGGAGGCCUUCCUGUCCUAUGGGAUUCCCGGAGCCAGGAUGUAAGAUAAGGACCCCUGCUCUGCACAAGCCAGGAACUGAACCACGUGCUUCCUACAACUCCCCUCAUUUAUCCUCACAACAAGCCCAUUUUACAGGUGAGAAAACUGAGGCUCAGUGAGUUCAAGGAAACUUGCCUCCAUGGCAAAGUCCAAAAGACCCUCAAUUUCCUUAAAAGCAUCCUUAAACCUGGC